AUCCACAAUGCAUGGACGCCAUUGUGGAAAGUCUGGAAGAAGAAAAGAAGAAGCUAACGCUCAUGUAUGUACCUACACUGUGGGGGCAUUUUGUACACACGCUCUUGUCUUUGUCUUUCGUUUCGCCACUGACUUGCGCCAAUACCAAAAACCUGUAUGAGAAACCAAAAAACAUAAAAUAAAAAACACGCCAUAGAGCUUACUCUAGUCGUAUGCUUACACGUAUUGUAUUUCAUGAUCUCCCUAUAAACAGCAACCCAUGCAUUGCUUUUGAUCCGUGAAGAACUCAAAUUUCCAUGCAAGGGAAGUGAUCUUAAAACUGCUCAACUCGCUGGCAAGCGAUCGAGGUAAGAUUGUUUUUUUCUUGUGAGUUGCCGAUCGAUCGAGAAUCGAGAUCGAAUGCAUGUAGAGCUUGCAGCAGCGAUCGAAUCGCUCCCAAGUUGGUGGUUUCGAUCUUUUCACGGGGUGUUCUCUUUUAUUUUUUGUUAAUCCCUCCUCUUUUUUUCCUCUUGCCGCCUUCUUUUUCCGGCAUUUUUGGGGGGUGUCGAUCGAAUCCACUCUUGUAGGAUAUAAAAUUUCAUCCAUCCCCAUUCUUCUUUAGUUUCUAUAUUUUACUUGGUUUCCUCACUUUCGUCAUACUCUUCUUGUGUGUUGUUACCAGGAGGAGGAUCAUUCGCCCAAGCGAAACAUAAAAAACAAUCCUUUUAGUAGAGUUUCGAUCGAUCCUUCUCUCCACCUAACUUGAUCUCGCCUUCCUUCUAGAGAGAGCCACUGGUCCAUCCAUCCAGAGCCAGCAGCAAGCAGUAGAGUAGCAGCCAAGAAAGGAUUUCACCGCAAGCCAACCAAAGCGGCAGGGAUUCAUCCAGGAUCAUCAAACCGAAAAGCAAGAAAAGGCGCUCCAUCGAUCGAUCUUGUGCCACUCCAAAUUCUCCUCUUUCCUCCUGCAUUGCAUUGAUCAUCCAAAGCUGCGCACGCUGCUCUACGAGCGGAGCCAUCGCUUUGCUCAUUGAAAUCCACCGCUACCACCGUCAAAGCAAAGCAAGCGCAAAGGCACGAAAAGGAGAGUGAGGGUUUCAGUGCACUGGCAGAGCCGAGAAAGGAGGCCAAAGAAAAAGGUGAAGUGGUGGCUGCGCUGUGCUGCACUUAAAUGAUUUAUCAUUGAUUACCCGCGAAAUCGAUAUAUCGACAUAUCCAUCUCCUUCAAUUCGCGAGCGACACAGAGCAAGCAGGCACAGAGCCGAGCAGAGGAUUCUCUCUCUCUCUCUUUUUUUUUGCCACCUAGUUUUGUCUUGCCAGAAAUUUUUCUUCUUUUUCUCCUGGUUUGCGAGCCCAAUUAAUGCUGGGCUCUGAUCAAUUCGGGAGCUGAGGUAGGUCGUCAAGCGAAGCAGCAGCAGGAGUACAAGAUGCUGCUGCUGCGAUUGAAAGAUUUCCCUAUCUUCUUCCAGGCGGGAUCAUCAUCUCCUGGAAGAUCCGCGGCGCAACCACGCAAGUCGCGAUUUUGAGCACCUGGGUCGGCUUCUGCGGCGUCGAAUCGAUCGCCCAUCAUCGCCGAUCGCGCCCGGAGCAUCGAUCCGAGGAGAGCCGAGCUGCCAAGAACAGGGGAGGUGAGAAAAAAAAAAAAGGAAAUGCCGGUUCGCGACGGCGAAGAACAGAUGGGUCGCACUGGCAGUAGCACGAAUGUGGAUCGCCAUGAUCAUCAUGGGCAGGAUCGUCAUCGCCAACAGCUGGUGGAACAUCAUCACCAGGAUCACAUAGUUUUGGAAGUGACUCUGGAUGUUCACAGGGACUCUGUAACGCUGAGGAGCGUUUCUCCAGUCGUUGAUCCAUCGCCCACGACAAUCUCCUCGAGGAUCAUCAUCGACGAUAGUACCACCACCGCUACCACCGCGCAAAAUCGCCAGGGAGGAGGCGGCGUCGCGAUCACCAUCCCGGUGAGAGCAGCAGCGCCACUGCCGCCAUCCAAUUCCAAGGGGAAGCAUGACGCGCGGAUCAUGCCAGUGGAUUUCUCGCCCGAUCGAGAGCCCCCAGCGGCGGCGGCGGCGGCGGCGGCGGCGGCGGCUCCACCCGCGAUCGCCACAACCAGUCGCGCGAUCGAGGGGCUUCGCUUCAUCGACAAGUCCAACCGCGACACGAAUUGGGAGACGGUGGAUGCGCGAUUCCGGAAGCUUAGCGCUGGCAGGCCCGAUGGGAGGCUGGCGAGAUCGGAUUUUGGGGCGUGCAUCGGGAUGAAAACCAAGGAGUUUGCCGGGCAGCUCUUCGAUGCAUUGUCGCGGCGGCGAGGCAAGGAGGGAUUGACGAGCAUUGGGCGAGAAGAGCUGAGCGAUUACUGGCUCGACAUGACGGACAAGCGCUUCGAUUCGCGAAUGCGCAUCUUCUUCGACCUCUGCGACAAGGAUCUGGACGGGCGAAUCUUCGAGGACGAGGUAAAAGAGGUGAUCUUGCUCAGUGCGUCCGCGAAUCGGCUCUCGAUCCUCGAGGAGCAGGCGGAGGAGUACGCGGCACUCAUCAUGGAGGAGCUUGAUCGCGAGAAGAACGGCUACAUUGGCUUGCUCCAGCUCGAGGGACUGCUGCGAAGCCCCAGCGCCUGCGACCACCAGAGCCAGAUGAUAAGCUCCUCGGCGACGCUGCCCAAGAGCGCUAUCGGGAGGAUGGAAUCGCUGCGGCGGCGCGCGAGGGUGGUGCUCCUGGACGACUGGCAGCGCGUGUGGAUGAUCGCGCUGUGGUUCGCGGUGAUGGCGGUGCUCUUUAGCUGGAAGUUCAUCCAGUAUAGCUACCGCUCGGGGUUUCCAGUGAUGGGCUACUGCCUGUGCACUGCCAAGGGCGCCGCCGAGACGCUCAAGCUCAACAUGGCGCUCAUCCUUCUCCCGGUUUGCCGGAAUACCAUCACUUGGCUCAGAUCCACCGCGCUCGCCACCAUCGUUCCCUUUGACGAUAACAUCAACUUUCACAAGCUGGUUGCAGCAGCAAUCGUGAUUGGAGUUUUCCUCCACGGGGGAGUUCACUUAACCUGCGAUUUUUACCGGAUUUCCAGCGCGGACUACAUCAAGUUCAUACAGACACUAGGCGUGAACUUCAAGUUUGCCCAGCCGACGUACCUGGAUUUGGUGCUUUCGAUCGAGGGAAUGACCGGGAUUAUCAUGGUGCUGCUCAUGAUCAUCGCGUUUUUGCUGGCCACGCACUGGUCCAGGAGAAAUCUCGUCAAGCUCCACUGGCCAUUCCACAGGUUGACGGGCUUCAAUGCCUUUUGGUACUCGCACCACUUGUUCGUCCUCGUCUACGGUCUUCUCAUCGUUCACUCCUUUUUCUUGUUCCUCGCUCGGGACUGGAGAGAAAAAACGGCUUGGAUGUAUAUAGCUAUACCCGCGCUCUUGUACACUGGCGAGAGGACUCUACGAACGCUGAGAGCUUGUACUUACAAAGUUAGCAUUGUAAAGGCAUCCAUUUAUUCAGGAAACGUUCUUGCUUUAUACAUGACUAAGCCUCCGGGUUUUAGAUAUCAAAGUGGAAUGUAUCUCUUCUUGCAAUGCCCCGCAGUGUCGCCUUUCGAAUGGCAUCCAUUCUCCAUAACUUCGGCACCGGGAGAUGAAUAUGUAAGUGUACACAUACGCAGCCUCGGGGAUUGGACGCAAGAGCUAAUGAAGAUCUUUUCUCAAGUUGUAGAUCAGCCAAACGAGCAGCUCAAAUAUCCCAAGCUCUGUGUUGAUGGACCAUAUGGAGCACCAUCCCAGGAUUUCAAAAAGUACGAUAUCCUAUUGCUGGUGGGACUUGGAAUUGGAGCAACACCAUUUAUAAGCAUCCUGAGAGACAUGUUGAAUCAUUUAAAGUCAGCCGAGCAGCUUCCUGGAUCUCAAAGUCCAUUCAGCAAGAUGUUCGAUGCUGCCAGAAAAAAAGCCAAGAAAAAUAGAGGCCCCACGAACGCUUACUUCUACUGGGUCACCAGAGAGCAAAGCUCCUUUGAAUGGUUCAAGGGAGUCAUGAACGAAGUCUCUCAGCUUGAUCACAAGGCCGUGAUCGAGAUGCAUAACUAUCUAACGAGUGUUUACGAAGAAGGAGACGCUCGCUCCACGCUUAUCGGUUUGGUCCAAGCGUUGCAUCACGCACGAAGCGGUGUUGAUAUUGUCUCUGGCACUCGGGUUCGAACGCAUUUUGCUCGUCCAAACUGGAGGAAAGUGUUUGCGAGGCUUGCAUCGAUUCAUCCAGGUGCCAGAAUAGGUGUGUUUUACUGCGGAAACUCGGCAGCAGGAAAGGAGCUCGACCUUCUCUCGCGGUCUUACUCGGAGAAAUCGAAUACCAAGUUCAUUUUCCACAAGGAAAAGUUCUAGCGGAUCAACCUGACUGAAUUUUGUGUACAAAAACAUGACCAAAGGACACCAGACAAUUUUUCUCUAGCUUAUGUAAAAAGGAUAAAAGGCAAAGUUUGAUAAGCUACAAGGAUCUUACAGUUUGUUUAAGGCUUUGCAAUUUGUAACAUGAGUUGGUUUAUAUGUA